CAGAUAAUGACAGUUACGUCUACAAUAUUUAGGAACAAAUACAAGUCAAGCUUUGUUUGCAUAUUUCGCUAAUGGAUUAUGAGGAUAAUGUUAAUCAAAGAUCUAUACGAUUUGCGAACAAACAACUUAGAAGGAAGAAUAAAGGCGAGAAUGAUAGUACACAAACAUAUCUCCGGGAGUGACAUUUUGCUGGUAUCGGUAUGGGGAGUAGCCCUCGGGUGAUAGAAGAAGAGGGAGACCUGUGACCCCCCACCCCACCUUAGAAAUCAAGAGAGAGAAGUAGAGAAAACAAAAAAAAAAAGCGUCAAGAUGGACUUAUUAGAUGAUAUGGACAAGAAACUAUUAAAGUCACUGCUGAACGAAGAGUGGAGGGGUGAGGAUGGUAAGAGAGCCGGGAAGGGGAGGAACGAGGGUGGGGGCCAAAAAACGCGAGCAGGGAGGAGACCGUUGUAUGAGACAAAGGCGCGAGGCGGUAAAAGUCGGAGAGAGGAGGACAGGUCCAGGCGACAGGACAGCCGUUUUGACAGAUCAAUGCGAGUUUUGGAAUGGUUGGACGCAGACUGCGGCACUCGCCUGGCGCGGCAUUACGAGCAAGCAGGUGGCUGGCGUCACCACAGUAACAUUUACCUGUCUAGACAAGGCGACUCACCGAAGCGGGCACAAGAAAGCCAGCGGGAGCAGACGACGAAAAAGGCGACAUCUCCACAGCAUCCACAGCAGCAGAAGACAAGGCAGCCGCUCAGGCUUACACGCAGCAACAUCAUCAUCAAUACGGACCUGUGGAGCGGGUACGUAAAGGACUCCGAAGAGGAUAGCAGCGAAGGGGAAGAGGAGAAGAAGAUUCUCGAAGAGUGCGAGGAAGACCUCACCGCCGAGGAGGACCUGGUAGAGUCGCUAAAGAAAUGGCAGCAGGAGCAGCUUCUGCUAGAGCACCACGAGGACCUCUCUAUGCAAGACUAUGUCACUAGUAGCGAGGAAGACGCAGCCAACGAGGACGAGAGUGACAGCGAGGACGAGCUUGUGCUGGCACUGAGGCACUGGCAAGAGGAGCAACAGAGGCAGCAGCUGAGGCAGGCGGCGGCCCUAGCCCAGAAUCCGCAGGUGCUCACGCCAGUCCUGGAGGAAAAAACGUCGUCGCCCCUGAACGAGGCCUUUAAGUACUUUUACCAGGAUCCGAACUACCUACUGUGUCACUUCAACAGACAACGUUUGAAAAAUCACCAACAGGUCUCAGGCAUCGCACCAUACUGGUGGGGCGACAUCAGCAGCGUGAGAGAGGGCCCUUCCUCCCCUCCAGUCAACGCCAAAAACCUUGACGCCACUCAACCUUGCAAUAUUUUAACGAUUCAAAGGCGAAGCUCCAGAAAAUCAUCGCUCAAAAACAGGCUGCUUCGCACCCAAGACAGUGUCGUUAUCAAAGAAGUCGACAUUAGUGCUAAUUCCGCCCAAGAGAAUACUGAAAAGCCGCCCGCCUCGGUGGCGCCUUCAAAUUUGCUCUCUCCAUCGCCGAAAAUAGAAUCAGUGAAUAAGCCCCAGGGAGGCAGAGGCAAAGCACCGUCGCCGCUCCCUUCUCCUCUGGACACUAGCGGAACAGACGCCAAACCUUCUGGUGCUUUGGAAAACAUUUUGACUAGAGUUUCGCCCACUGCCAUCGUCGGACCAUUUGUCAAAGGCGUAGACGACGGUGGUUUAAAAAUAACGGAUACAAGUGCCGGGGGCUUGUCUCCACAUUCUCCGCUCGUUAGAAGCCCAGGGGGAAACUUUCUUUCUACGUGGCUUGUGGCGUCACCUGGGGAUAAACAAGGCAGCCAUCUCUCGGGGAGUACUGACUACCUUGGUAAAAGCAGUGAGUGUCUGUUGUUCGAGAGCCCACGUGAGCCGCUGUGCAGCACAAACUCUCAGGAUUCUGGAAUAGAGCGCAGCCCCGGUUACCUAUCUCCGGCACCUCGAUCAGCAGGAAUAGAAAAGAUAGGCAAAUUUUUUAGACAUUUUUCCAAUAAGCUCUCUCCAGCCUCAACGUCUUCGAAUUCAACGCCCCCUAAAACGCCACCACCAACUCCAUCAGGGCGCCAACAGUAUUUAUAUCCUGCUCAACAAAUAAACAUUCAAGGGGGCGCCGGUAAACUUUCAUAUUCCACGUCAUCCAUUCCAACACAGCCACCUUCUACGCCUUUGCUUAAAGCGGCACCCCCACAGUCACCCAUCGCGGGCGUCGCCUCCCAGCACUCUCUGUGCUCCGCCACUAAAUCAGACCCUCUCGCAGGUAGCGCUGCACUUCAACGCCACGUCGGACUAUGGCGGAGUGGACAGAAGUCGUCGAGUAACCUCUUAGUGACGGGCGGCCGGUCUCCGGCUAAUUCAUCGCUCAUUAGCCCGGCGGGAGAAAACUCACAAAAUGUUAUCUCUGGGUGUGAUGGCGCGGGGACGGGAGGUGGUGGUGCCAUCCACAGACCAGCCGCUGUGACCGGAGUCACUGCCAGCUCGGCGACCACGCUGACGAUCGAUACUCUUGCAGCGGAGGCCUGCGCGGGUGAUCGCCAGAGAAGCCCUGGCGGUCCCAACAGCGGAGUUAGUAAAACCAUUCUAAGCACCCGAGAGGUUCAACCUUUUAUAGUACCGCAGACCUAUCAGCACCACUAUCUUCACCACCAAUUUUCAUCUCCCCGAAAAACAGCCGGGGAGGCCGUCACCGCUGCUGCAAAGCGAAGCGAGGAAGGGAGAGAUGGUGGGGAUGUCACGGAGGCAGGUAGCCAAUCAAACACUAGGGCCGCUUACAAAGAUAACGCAGACAGUUUAAGGAAAAGUAACGAGGCGCUUGACGUGCCGGGCGCCGAUAAUGAGACGGCUAGUGGCGCGGGCAGUGGGGGCGGAAGUAACUGUGCUGGUCUUAGCGGAUUUACACGCGGGGUACAGAACUUUUUAAGAAAGUCACCCGUCACUGAUAUUGAACAGAGGAUUAACUCAGAAAUCAUAGAGCGAGACAUAGCUGGGAAACUCAAGUCUGUUCUAAGCCCUGGAGCAGGCGGCACUUGUGGAGGGGCCUUCACGAGUCCAAGUUUCGCACCCGAAAACACAUGUGCAGUGGCGUCUUCUGCGGCCACUCAAGGGACUGCGGGAGGAUACAAUGCCACGGGAGAAAAUUACGGCUACGCCACUGCCAAGUCGAUGACUGAAACCAGCAGGAGAGGAGCGGCGAAGGAGGAGAUUAUUAGCUCGGAGCGGUCCUCGUCUACGAGCAGCGAGGAGAAAGGAGCACUUCCGGUGCCCAGCGGCGAGCACGACAGGGGUAGACGUGGCUCUUACGGAACUUGCAACCAUCUAUUCCUAGAGCAAGCCUCGGGGCGCAAGUCGCCUCUUCCGCAAAAAAAUCAAAAGUCUCCCUCACCAGUGAGGCGGGCGCUGUUUAAAUCAGUCGUGACCUCAUCGAACUCAUCCUCUUCCUCGUCAGCAGAAUCCUCUAAACUGCACUCAAAAGUAGGCAGAGUGCUGUCUUCGUCUUCCCCGUCGUCUCCGCCACCCCACCUCGUUCAACAGCAGUCAUCACCUCUAAAAACCUCGCCAAAGCAUCAGCCCAACGACGCCCUCGACUCACCAACGAAAAAAAACAUCUGCAACGACUCGCCCCCUGCCAACUACCGGGGCCGUCGAAAAUUCUCAGACACCGGUUUAACACCGGUGCCCCGACGGCUGUUCAGCGACGGCAGGCGAGGGUCGCUGACCGACGAACGCACGCUCGUCUCGGCCAAAUCUAAACUCGGCAAACUCCGGUUUCAGGGACGAAAAUCUUCAGACGCUAGCAGCGUUGCCGCCCUAGUGAAACAAAUUCACAACCUCUGGGGGGAGGGGGAGGAAGACGAGGAUGAAGGGGAGAGAAAUAUCGAACGGCGCGAAUCUGGUUCCGGAUUAAAGUGUAGCCUGGACGAUCAAGCCUUGUUCGAUAAACGAAGGAAAAAAUUCCCUUUUUCUAUUAGCCGCGAGAAGGAUAGCACUUGUGUAGAGAAAGGCGGUGGAAAUAAAAUUAACACCUCGUCAUGUGCUCCUCAUAGUGAAGCCAGCCCGGCUGCUGUUUCUGACGGGAAGUGUAAGGGUAAGAAUUUAACCGACAAGGAUUCGGCGUUGACACUACAGCCAUCUUCGGGCCCCGCUUCAGCUCAAAGCGGUUCAUCCGUUAUUAACAGUGGGGAUACAAGCUGUCAAGCUUCUGAUGAGGUUUAUCAGACAGGAGUGAACGAAGGCGGUAGUGAGACAGCCAGCAUUUCCCUCGAGGCAGGGGGAGGAGGUGCCGUCACCGGAGUAGGGGGAAUAGGGAACUGUGGCGGAGCCGUCGGUGGUAGCGAAUUCGUCGCCCCGAUAGCCCAGGUCGCUAGUCGACAGCUGGUGGCCACAGCUGUAAGCAGUGCAGCGUGUUUUGUCGGCUUGGACACAUCUACGGAUAACAUACUCACACGUGCGAGCGCCGGAGUCAUCGGGGGUUCUCAAAUCGCACUCGCCGGAUCAGCCACCGUAGCAUCAAACAUCAAAACAAAUAAGAAAACCGCUACCGUCCAGUUCGAGCCUAUCGUCAGCUGGGACGACAACAGAGUUGGGGAGAAAGUGUCCCCCGCCCUGAGGUCGGUUCUCAAGCAGGGGACGCGGCGCCAUUCUUCUUUUGCAGGGUUCUCGGAUUCCUGCGACAGCAUCGCCAACGCAUCUCCGAUAAUUCACUCUGAGCAAUUAGCUGCUGUGCUAAACAAACAAGCUAAGAACGGACUUCCAAAAUCGAAAACAUCAGACAAUUACAAAAGCAUACUGAAGCAGUCUUCGGUUAAUUUAGAAACAGUUCCCUCCUCUACAACAGAGAAGAAAAGAGUCAAAUCUCCUUCUCCGAAGUCGAGAAAACACGAGAAAAGUUUCGACUAUGGGCAAGAGUCAAAAAAUUCGGAAGUCUCUUUAUCACUGUGUUUAAAAGCCACCAGAAGUAUUUCGCCAAAGUCCAAGAAGUAUCGACCUGAAGGGAAAGACGCCUGUGAGUCUUCGGGCGACUUGGCCACAUCGCCUCAGAAUUGUUCAGACAGGGAGCCUCAGACCACCGACUCCGGACACUGUUCCCUCGAUCUCCCCACCAAGACAGUCGGAGUUCAGGCCACACCGCGGACCAUCGGAAAGACGUCUAACACCGGGACUCAAACCACCGACCUCCCUUCCACAGGUGAGGUGACCGCCGAGUACUCUUCUAGCCCCACCGAGGCUGGUGGCUGGCUGCAGCGGCUCGCGGCCAAGUGCAUGGCGAGCGUGGGCGGAGCCAACCGCUCGGGCAGCCCGGGUGGCCCCGGGAGCGGCCUGCCCAGAGCGGCCAGUGUCCGCGCCGAAUGGCUUUUGGGCAGCAAGAGAAUGGGAUCGAGCCCCAGCUCCCCAGUUGCUCAAGGGAGUGACGCCAGUGAAAAGUUCUGGGUCCCCCACGACGUGAUUGCUCGGAAGAGGGCUCAAAGCCUGGUGCCCACACUAUCGAAACAGGAAAGCGAAGAUGAUCUCAGCUCUGAAGCCGCCACGCCUGCAUCUAUUCCACACCCUAGGGAUUUAACCUUUACGUUUCCAGGAGGGGAGAGGUCUGGAACCAGUGGGGGGUCUUCAGAUGGGCAGCCGUCCACUCCGCCUUCAGGCUAUAACCCAGGCAGGAGGAGAGCAUCCAUGCACGACGCCAUCGAUCUGAGCAAAAUCGACACGAGGCUCUACGACAAAAAGUUAGUGAGGCAGGCCAGCGUGACAUCCAUCGAAGAAGAAUGUCAGGGCACGGUUCACGUGAGCAUGGAGCACAACGCCGAGACAGGAAUCCUCACCGUCAACUUGGUACGGGUGCACAACCUGCUGCCCCGCGACCCAAGCGGCACGGCCAACCCUUACUGCCGCCUGACACUGCUCCCGGGCCAGCGCGCCUCGGCCCAGAGCCGCAUCCACAGGAAGACAAUGAACCCGGAGUUCGAAGAGGAGUUUAUUUUCGAGUUGACCUCGGAGGAGCUCGAAGUGACCACUCUGGACCUGAGUUUUUACGAGUAUGACCAGUUUUCGAAGGAUGAAUGUAUCGGCUAUGUAAGGAUACCGCUCGCUCGCCUGGAUCUUAGCAGACAAGUGGAUUUGUGGAGGACUAUAUUGCCCUAUGAAAAACCCAAAGACCAACGAGAUCUCGGUGACGUCAUGUUUUCUUUAAGUUAUCUGCCAAGUGCUGAGCGCCUCACCGUGGUGGUGGUCAAGGCAAGAAAUCUGCGCCUGCAGGACGACGGCCGGGUUGACCUUAAUUCGUUCAUCAAAGUCUGUCUGACCUCCGGAAGCAAAAAGCUGAAAAAGAAGAAAACUUCCACUGCACACGGCACCAAUUCUCCCACUUGGAACGAGGCUCUUGUCUUUAGCGUGCAUAGAGAAAACUUAAAGAACAUCGGCCUUGAAGUCUCUGCCUACCACGACAACAAGAUCGGCGUGGACGAAUGCAUUGGUCGUGUUCGGCUGCCUCCGGACUCGGAAGAUGGCGUGCAUUGCCAGGAACUGCUCAAGGAGAAGAGUAUGCCUGCCAGAUGGUACAGCUUAAGCUAAAGUUCGUAAUAUAUAAAACAAAUGGUCCGAUUGCGCCAAAUGCUGAUUUUAUCUGAAUGCAAUAUGAGGAUUUUUCUUUAUCAUGACACCUUUGAUAUGUAUAACUUUAUUUUUGAGAAAUAAAAAAAAAAUCAACAAAACAGAAUAAUUUAUAUAGGCGUAAAUAUUUUCAUCUGUUAAUUAAAAUUAUACAUUUUAGAUUGCAAUUAACUUUUUAAUACGUAAAAUAUAUAACGAGUUUUAUCGUUAACAUAUUUCAUUUAAAAAAACGUAGACGGUAUUUUUAAGAUUCUUUAAUACUUUUUGUUUUAUCAGCAGAAUCAUAGUUUAGAUAGUACAUUACUGAUAGUCAUAAGUUCAAUGUUUAAACCUAGAGUAAAACCUAUUAUUUAAAGAAUGUAACCAAUAUGUGUGAUUUUGCAACCGGUGGCUUAGAGUGAGAGGGAUUCCGAUUACGUAAGGGCUAAAAGAAAUGCAAUAUUUGUACUCUAUCUCUCUCUUUGUCUCUCUCUCUCUCUCUGUCUCUCUUUUUCUCUCUCUGUCUCUCUGUGUGUGUGCACCCAGUAUCUCUUGUUUUUGUUACCGAGCAGCCUGCCUAAACGUAGAAGCAGCCCAUUGAAUGAAAGUGAACGUCUAUUUGAACGUCGUAAGACCCAGAGUCAAAAUUAUCCUCAAUUAUUCAGAGGAAACGAAAGUCAAAUAGGCAGGAAAAAAAAAGUUUUAUAGAUAUUGUGUCAUUUUACUCCAAAAGCAGUGAUGUCCAACUUAAGGCCUGCGGGUCAUAUCCAGCCAUUCACAACUUCUGCAGGAAGUGUAAGAAAAAUGCACAUUAAAAGAAAAGAGGGGAGAUGAAAUGAUGUGUCCAAAUUUAAAUGGCCUGGCAUCAGAAUUAGGUCACCACCCGUUUAGGUGCAUAGGGCAGCAAGCUCUCUUCACAGAGAUCCGUCAUAGGCGACUUCCCAGCCUCUUCUCAACUACUGCCCACUGAAAUUAGGUCUUCCAUGAAGGUGCGACGCAAUGUUAUUCGUGUAUGGCCUUGCCAUCGCGUUCCUCUUUUCAGCUGACUUUGAUAGACCUGCUUUAUUUUGCAUAAGGAACGUUCGGUCACCAUUUCACUAAAAAAAUGAAUCAAUUUUCGAAAUAGUCACGCUGACUUUUGUUAAUCUUUAAGAUUCAUUUAUAACUAAACAGGAUACGUUUUAAGAGUGAUAAAAUGUGCGGUCGGUAUUAGAAGGGUGGUGGAAACCAACGCCCCCCCCCCCAACGUAGCAAAAAAAAAAGUCUCUUAUAAACUAGGUCUAGAUAUUGAGCCGCGAUAAUCAGAAUCAGAAAAUUGAAAGCCAUUCUUCUAUUAAUAGCAAUUUUUACAAGUAUUCUUAUAUAAUGUAAAAAAUUGUCUUCAUCAACUUGCAAUAAAUUGAUGUAAUAUAAAGCCAUGUGGUUUCAUAUGUUCUAAAAAAAAAAGGACAUUGAAAUAAUUGAGACUGGUCAAGUGUCUUUGCUGAGACUUUGCUCUUAAAAUUUGUUAAGAAAAAAAAAAGGAAUAUUUUCAAACGUGAGAAACUUGUCUAAUUUCAAUGAAGUGGUAACUAACCAAAUGAUCUACUUACGCAUUGACCAGCGGUCAAACGUAUCAAUUCCACACCACGUCCACGAGAUUAAACUGCAAAUGUGAACAUAUUAUGUUUGCUCAAUAAAGUCUGGGUUUUUUGUGUGUUUAUUUUUACAAAUAUUUCUUGGGGUUUUAUUAAUUUAAAUGUUUUAACCUUCUCAUUGCUGUCGUCUGUUUCAUUUAACCCUCGACUGCCCAGACGUUAUAAUGCUCUUUAUACAAAUAUUCCUAGGUUUUAUUAUUAUUAUUAAUAUUAAUAUUAUCAUUAUUAUUGUUAUUAUUCAUAAUUAUUAUUAUUUGUUUUCGAUGAUGUGAUAUAAAUGGUAAACAAUUUAUUUUUCUAUACCGUGAAUGUGAAAUGCUGCUCAUGAUUACCAGUUUAUGUCUUUUUAAGAGUUUAGAAAAAAAAAAGGGUGUGUACUAUGGGAUGAGGACGAAAUCACUUUUGCUGUGUAAUAAAAGGAUUCGCUGGAUGUCA